AUGGGUUUAGGGCUACUGCACUUCGAUGGUCGCAUCGUCGACGACGAUGGACGACCCCUGCUAGAAUCCGACGACGGCGAGGAGCUGAUGCAUGUUGAGCCUGGCGUCGCCGUCGCCCUCGGUUCCCGAUCCAUGGAGUCGCCUGGAACUCUCUACGUCACCUCAAGGAGGGUGAUUUGGCUGAGCGACGCCGACAAAGGGAAAUGGUAUGCGGUGGAUUUCUUGUCAUUGUCCCUCCACGCUGUGUCAAGGGACCUGGAGACCUACCCCUUUCCUUGCAUCUAUACUCAGAUCGAGAUAGGCGACGAAGAUGAAGAGUCUGAAAGCUCUGAUUCAGAAAUUAAUGAUGAUUUGGAAUUGUCAAAAGUCAUUGAAAUGAGACUUCUUCCUUUAGAUGCUGGAAAGUGUAUCCUUGCUAUCAUGAAAGAAUCUGAUGCAGUUGGCAUUGCUUCAUCAUGGAUUUUAGUUAUGCAUAAUAAUACAAUUAUGAAUGUCAUCUUAUCUUAUUGUUCUGAUUAUCCUGCAAGUUCAUUGCAUAGAUCUUUAACUCAUUGA